AUGAUUUUUUCUCAUUUGUUUGAAUUUACGGAUCCAAACGAUGAAGAUAAACGGACAGUAUUUCGCGGUCCAUUUCUUGCUGAUCGUUGGUGGGAUCGAAUGGUUGUUAGUGGGAAUGACUUAGAAGUAGCGUUACCAGUUCCGGAUGGUCGUUUACGGAUUAAUCCGGAUCCUGGACGUCUUCGACAAUACUAUCCACAUUUUAAUAGUAUGACUAUUAUUUGUGCACAGCAAGUAGAUGGUACAUUAAUCGAAACGGAUGUCAUAGUUAACGUGGAUACGCUUGUUGAAGAUCCGAUUGAUGAAAAACCGGAAUGCUUGUUUAGCACGCAUUUUUCCGAACUACAAAAACAGGAAUGUACAACAAAGUAUCAUUCUUUUCAAGAGCGUCGCCAAGAUGAUUACGGUAAAAUGGAUUAUCGUUAUCGUAUUCGUGACUAUCAACCAAUACCAACAAAUUUUCAUCCGAUCAUAAAAUCAGAAUAUAAUUUGAAAAUUGAUAUCGGUUAUGAACAAUGGUCUUGUUGUACGGCAUGUUGUUGUACCAAGAAAGUUUGCCGUCGAGAAUUUGCUCUCGACAAGGAUGAAUGCAGAAAAUUGGAAAGUUACCGUUCUCGCUUAGCUUACAUGUCAUUUUUUAAAAUCGAUCCACUGAAAAAGUUAAAUGUUUCAUUGAAUGUUUCGGAUCAUAUCGAUUACAUGAACGAGGUGAUAAUGACAUUUGACAAAUACCUUAGUUCAGAGCCAUACUUCACUCUCGGUAUUCCUCUCCAUUCUACCUUAAUAAUCACUGAUGCUUAUUGGAGGAAAUUACGACAUCAUCUACUUGAUCAGAUGUUAGGCAAAAACGAUGCGGUAAAAAAAAUGAAAGGUCGCUUGGGAUUAUUUGUUGAAUCAGAGAAUUGCGACGAUUCAGAACAAAAAAUGGAUUGUGACGUUCUCGAAAAGUGUCGCCAAGAUGCCCAACAAAUGCGAAUUAUUAGCGGUAAAAUGCGCCCAAUGAAAAUUGCCAAACCAUUUAAAAAUAAAUUUGGUGGGUGCAAUACGGAAUUAGCUGCCGAAGAAAUCAGUAUAAAUGCUCUUGAAAAUUACGGAACAUUAAAACUUGGCUAUAAUUAUUUAAUUCGUAUCAAUAAAACAAUUUUUGGAGCAGUCACCAAAGUGAUUUGGAAAACAGGAUCUUAUCAGAUUCCAGAUUACAAUCAUCAAUUACCGUGCUCAUUACAACGUGUUGCUGUUGCACCGAAUAAAAAAGACCUUCUGAUCAUUGGUGCCCGUAAGGAUGAUACUCGAUGGCCAUAUGUUGGAAAGGCAACUUUGAGUGAAGAUGGUAGCGAAACAUUUUGCAAAAUCAUACUUAAAUUUGUGAGGCCAGACAUAGAUGAUCCAAUGACGACAACAUGGACUGUUAUUAUUCUUUGUUAG